AAGGGCUCCUCCCCUUCUCUCUGAUAAGGAAACAUGCUAGGACCCUGUUGGAUUUGUCUUUUUCAAUGGAUUAAAACAACUCAGCCUCUGCAAGGUGACAGGACAGUGCCACCUGCCUGACCCAGCACCACUGGGGCAGCGGGCGCUCCCAGCAUCCCUGCUAGCCUACAGCCUUCUCCUGGGGCCACACCUCCCCAGCUGAGUAUUGCCAAGGGUAGUCCAUUAACAGGGAACUCAAGCUGUCCCCUGAUCAUCUGGACCUGUUAGAACAAGCUCCUGCUUAGGAUUAGAACAAGUUCCUGCUGAGGAUUUGGAGUGGUCCUGUAGCAGCCAAAGUAAAACUUCAGUUUCUAAGUUUGGCCUAAAAUCAACUAAGGUAUGAAGUCUGGGGAAGUCUUGUAGCCCAGUGAUGAACAUGGUGUAGGGUUUUUUCAGCAAUGUAGGAAAAGUCCAUCCCUCUUGCCUAGCUGUGUAAUUUUUCGUCCCAGCACUGCCGUAUGGGAGCUGGAGACUCUGAAGCGGAAUGAAGGACCCAUGUGCCAGGUGGAAGAUAAGAGCUAAUCCCUACUUUGAAAACAGCAUCAUCUGCAUAAGCAAGAUGGAUGCAGCCAAGUCCCAUCCCAUCUUCUGAGCGCAGAUCUGAGCAAACAGCUUAGCUGAUUUCCCUGCUGGCAUGUCCUCAGCCUCUGUUCCCCCAGGAUGCCUAAAUUCCCCAAUCAGCUGUUCCCCUAUGUUAAAGAGAUGGAUUUAACCCAAAAGGGCUGGCUAGGUCCUGAAAACCAAUCAUACAGCCCACUGUUCCUCAAUAGCCCAAGGGCUAAGUUAUCUGCUGCCAAAUAUUUAUUGACAGGAAUAUGAGGGCCCUAUUUCUGCUGGGGGGAUUCUGCCUAAGUCUUCAGUUGUGCCUUGUGUACUGAACAUUACAUCCCAGUGGGAGCAAUCACAGCCUUGAUCUUGGCCAAGAGCAGCAGAAGCCAAGAGCCAGAAUUGCCCACCCAUGCUUUUCCAGCAGGGAGCAAAGCGCACACCCUGCCCUAGGAGCAGUUUGAAUGCAGACCCACACUAUCUUGCCCAGAAAGUCCUCAGGUUUACUUCAGCCCCCUGCUUACUGCGCCAUCUCUACAGAACUCCAUGCACAUGACAAUUUAGCUCUUCAUUAAAUGUCUCCGUUGAUGCAAAAAAAACCCCAAAUUUUUCAUUACAUGUUCCCUUAAGUAGUAGGGCGCUUGGCAAUGACCCCCAGGGCUGUCUUCAUGGACCAGAUCCUUCUCCAAUUCUGCUUAGGGCUUUAGCAAAAGCCCAUUAACACAAUGGCUUCCUUCUCCUGCCCAAGGAGAGGGAAGAUGAGACCCCUCAUUUAUGGAGAUGACUUGCUCAUCUGGUUGGCUCAGCAAUUUGUUCAUUUGGGAAACUAUUUUUACUCACCAUGAAUGACUAAGCACAUCGUUUUGGGGGCUGAUGGCUUUUCCUUUUUCCGCUCUUUCUUGGAUUUAUUUAUUUUUAGGUUUCUUUGGGAGGGAAGAGAAGCAGAGUGCAGAAUGAAAGCUCAAAGAACAGGAGACAGAGAUCAAGGGAGAGUGGGAAGCUUGGAUUUACCCCUCCCAUUCUCAGGCUGCCUUACUGCUUAUGGAACAUAGCAAUCCACGGAGCAAUUUUAUAGGGGUAAUAGGAAAGGAGCAUUCGGGAGGCUGUGGACUUUGUAAUUCAGAAAUAAAAAAAAAAAAGCAGGGUCAGGUUCUGCUAAUGGUUUCUGAAGAGCCCGAGUGGGAUUUGAGCAGAAGGUUUUCUCACAGGUCUUACAGCACUUGAUUAUGCUACAGCCCACGUGUCUCUAACGUGAUUAGGGGAGAAUUACUUUGGGGCAGCAAGCAUCCUUCUGUUCUGUUUGUCCCGUGCUUAGCACAAGGGGAGGCCAGCCUUGAUGCCACAGUAAUGCAGGCGAUUAUUCAUACCCACCCCACCUUUUAUUUGAAAGGAAAGUGGUCCUAGACCAUACGGUUGAGGGUGUGCAUGACCUUUGAAGAUGCCCAGAAAAUAGAAGGAGGGUUAAAAUAAUGUAGAAUAUUGAGGGGUUUUAUUCCUUCAAAUUUUUAUGUCAGUUCCCUGGGGUCACAUGAAUGGUUGUUGAACCAGUGAUGCUGCAUAGGUGCCACUGUGAUCCACAUAAUAAAAUUCUCACUACUCACACUUAACACUGAGGAAGAUGAUGAAUCACUCACCCAAAGACCAAAAAGUACUCUGCAAACUGUAGGGAUGUCCUGGUACCUGGAGAAGAGGAAAAGGAGCCGUUCAACCUCCCUGACCUUUCAGUCCUAUUCAUACCAGGGAAUGUGACUGUCUGUUGAUCUCAUUCCCCUACACCACCCUGCUGCCUCCUCUUGCCUGCUCCAAACCUCCUCUGACCUUUUUCUCUGCUCACCCUCCAUCCCUGCCUGACAUUAAGAAGAGGAGCAGCUUUACCCACACAACUUUCCCCAGACAAACAAACAGCAGGCUCAUCAGCAGCUCCAGUCUGCAUCCACAGGGUUUCAUUGUUCCUCCUGAGCCUGCAGGGAGGAUGCUCUGCACAGCUGAGUUUGUCCGAGCCCUCUAGAAAAGCUGACGACAGCUGGCCAUGGCUCUGCCUCUCCUGCAAACCUCUUAAUCCCAUAGGAGCAUCACUCUCACCCUAGCACUGCCUCUGUCUCUUAGCAGCUUCUUGGAGAGAGAUCUGGAUCUCAUCACAGGCAGCCGUAGCACUAAUAAAACCUUCUUUACUUUGGCAGGACACAACACCACUCCAGCAGCGAUAAAUCCUGAACCAGAGGGCAAUUUGUCCUUUUUUAACCAAUGCAGGCUGCAGCAGGAUUAAGUUGGUCUCAUGGAAACUGGACCUCCUCAGUCUCAGAGACCUGUAGAUGUGCAAGAAGUUCCCCCACAUCAGGGAUGAACCACAGGGAUGAGCACAGGGGCAGAGCGCGGUGACGCCGCGGCAGCCACCACGGAGAGGACACAGGACCCCCCCUUGGGCCCGCCAUGCCCCUUUGAGGGGGUGGCCUGGACCCCGAGACCCCCGCAAGGCGCCCCGCAGGGCUGCUUCGCCUGCAUCGCCAAGCCCCCAGCUCUCCGGCAAGCUUCGCCCGUCCUGUCUCCUUCUUCUGCCGUUUAUCUCAUGGAGAGCAAGAGCUGCAAAGGGGACAGCCUGCGGCCAGCGGUCCCGUGCAAGCACUCGGUGGAGAAGAAGACGAUGACCAACCCCACCACUGUCAUUGAAAUCUACCCCGACACCACCGAGGUGAACGACUAUUAUCUCUGGUCCAUCUUCAACUUUGUAUACCUCAACUUCUGCUGCCUCGGCUUCAUCGCCUUGGCCUAUUCACUGAAAGUCCGGGAUAAGAAACUCCUCAAUGACUUAAAUGGAGCAGUUGAAGAUGCCAAGACAGCCCGGCUGUUUAACAUCACCAGCUCAGCCCUUGCCACCUUCUGUAUCAUCCUUAUCUUCAUCUUCCUGCGAUACCCUCUCACUGACUACUGAGUGAGGCCAACAGCAGCUGCUGCCGCCAAAAUGCCUCUAUGCCAGAAGUGUCUGCAGUUUCUUGUAGCAAGGACACACAAAACAAGCCAACCACUACACCUUGAUUGCCAAAAAAAAAAAAGAAAUCUCAAUUAAAUAUAUAAAUAAAUGUUAAAUUAGUUUAUCAGCCCAGCUGAGCAUACCUUUCUUGCCCUGAAAUGGUAUGUGAACAGCUGAAGGAAAGGGUCUCGCUCUUACACAUGUACAGGAAGAAAAAUAGAUGAAGAAAUAUUUGUUUUAUGGCCAACAAGCUGUGUGAAAAGAGCGUGUAAAGCCCAGAGCUGCACACACUUAGUGGCAGACAGCUGAGCUCUAGGAAGCAGUGGGGUCCUGUGGAGCUGGAAACACAUACAGUGAUGGAUGGGGAUCAUGGCAGGGCUGGCUUACAACAUAUCAGGUGUGUUCAGACUGCCCCACCACCCCCAGCUUGUGGGGGUUUCUUUUCCUUUUUUUUUCUCUUGAAUUUCAUCCACUGGUUCAAACAACUCCCAACCCCUGGAGAGCUGAAGGUGUUAGGAAGUUUAUGCUGGGGAGCCCCAAAGCCUCCAGAGAAACCCCAAAGUGUUAAAGGGCAGGUUUCUCCUUAGGAUCUCCCAGCAGUGCUGAGAAGGAAGGCACCUUCUGGAGAACUCGCCUAAGCCACCUAAUUGGAGUGCUACUGUAUUUCUGUAAACAGUCAAUAAAAAGAUACCUCUGAUA